CCCGGGCCCCCUGCCCGGCUGGGCGCUGACAGCAGCGGCGGGGGUCCCCGCAGCCGCCGCUGUGUCCCGCGCAGGCUCUGGCUGGGCCCGCGGAGCCCCCGACGCGGCCAUGAACCGACCCCUGUCGGCGGAGGCGGAGGAGGAACUGGAGUGGCAAGUGGCGAGUCGCAGGAGGAAGGCCUGGGCCAAGUGCCGCAGCUCCUGGCAGGCGUCGGAGACCGAGGAUCUGUCCACAGAGACGACGACGCAGGACGAGGACGAGGACGACGAGGAGGACCUCCCGGGCGCUAAGCUGCCGGCAGCGGCGGGGCGAGGAAACGUGCCCAACGAGAAGAUCGCGAUAUGGCUCAAAGACUGCCGCACCCCUUUGGGAGCUUCACUGGAUGAGCAAAGUGGUGGUGCGCCGAAGGGUGCACUUGUGAGAAAUGGAGGAAGCUUUGAAGAUGACUUGUCACUGGGAGCUGAAGCCAAUCACCUACAUGAACCGGAUUCUCAAGUUGAAAACUGCAACAAUAUCUUGGCCAAGGAGAGAAGACUUCAGUUUCAUCAGAAAGGGAGAAGUAUGAAUUCUACUGGGUCUGGGAAAAGCAGUGGUACCGUGUCAAGUGUUUCAGAACUGCUGGAGCUUUAUGAGGAAGAUCCUGAAGAAAUUCUAUAUAAUCUUGGAUUUGGACGAGAUGAACCAGAUAUUGCUUCUAAAAUUCCUUCCAGAUUUUUUAAUUCAUCAUCUUUUGCCAGAGGCAUAGACAUUAAAGUAUUUCUGAGUGCACAAAUGCAACGGAUGGAAGUAGAGAACCCGAACUAUGCUCUGACAAGCCGAUUUCGCCAAAUUGAAGUUCUCACUACUGUGGCCAAUGCAUUUUCUUCUCUAUAUUCCCAAGUCUCUGGAACUCCGCUGCAGAGGAUUGGAAGUAUGUCCUCAGUGACCUCCACCAAGGAGGCAGCAGACUCCCCUCCUCCUCUAACUCGGAGCAACACUGCGAACCGUCUGAUGAAAACACUAUCAAAACUUAACUUAUGUGUUGAUAAAACAGAGAAAGGAGACGGGAGCUCUUCCCCUGCUGCUGAGAAAGGAAGGAGUCUAAGUGUUUCCCUGUCUGAAGACGGCGGCGGCGGCGGCGGCGGCAAGAGUGAUCCUAAGCUUCAGAAAGUUAUAAAGAAGAAGGAGUCGUCUUCGAUGCUGGCUACGGUUACAGAAGAAGUCUCAGGUAGUUCAUCAACCAUCACAGACAGCAUUGAUGCUGACAGACUUUCUGAUGAAGCAGAUAGUAACAGUCUCAAGAUGGAAAGUGAAGAAAGCAGAGAAGCUCACAGUCAGGAGAACGACCCACUCUGGAAGUCUGCUGUUACAGAUCCUGACUUUGGUCAUGAUGGCAGUGUGUCCAGCCACUGCGAGCUGGAGAGCCGCGGAGAGCUGAAAAGUGCCCAGGUGUCCUCGAGUGAGAAAGAGCCUUGUGCACCACUGACAAUCCCAUCCAUAAGAAACAUAAUGACGCAGCAGCAGAAAGACUCCUUCGAGAUGGAAGAGGUCCAGAGCACAGAGGGAGAAGCACCUCACGUACCAGCCACUUGCCAACUAAGUCUUGCCAAGUCAAAAAGAGAUCAUCUGUUGCGAACUGCAAGUCAGCAUUCUGAUAGCAGCGGCUUUGCUGAGGAUUCCACAGACUGCCUUUCCCUCAACCACCUCCAGGUUCAUGAAUCCCUGCAAGCCAUGGGCAGCAGUGCUGACAGCUGUGACAGUGAAACAACUGUCACAUCGCUUGGUGAGGACCACGUGACCCCUACAGCACAGGACCAGCCUUACUUUAAUGAGUCAGAGGAGGAGUCUCUUGCCUCUCAGCAGAAAGGAAGAACAACGGUGGUAAUAGUUACUGAGCAAAGAAAUGUAGACAACCAAGAUUUCCCUCAGUGUGAGACUGCAGAGAAUGCUGGAAACAAUGAGUCCAUGAAGGGUCCCUGUGAGCCUGAUCCUCAUAUUACAGAAAGAGAGGAGGAGCCACCUCUGGCAGCCCCUGGAGAGCUCCUGAGGGAAGGGAGUGGAGAGAGUGAUAUGGAGAAAGGCAGUGAAUGUGAAUUUGCCCAGUACACCACACACCACAUUCUCAGAUCCUUGGCUUCCUUUGAAGCUCCAAGCAGCGGUAUGAGCUCUGAAAAGAAAACUGGGUUUCCUUCUUCUGUGGACAGAGUGAACACUGCCCUGCAGAGAGCUCAAAUGAAGGUUUGCAGUACAUCCGGGCAGAGAGUAGGGCGUAGCUUAAUAAAAUCAAAGGAUCUGUUGAAACAAAGGUACUUGCUUGCAAAAGCUGGCUAUCCUUUAAGAAGGUCUCAGUCUUUGCCCACCACUUUACUGAGCCCAGUAAGGGUUGUAUCUUCUGUCAAUGUACGGUUGUCUCCAGGAAAAGAGACCAGGUGCAGCCCACCAUCUUUCACCUACAAGUACACACCUGAGGAGGAACAAGAAUUGGAAAAGCAAGUAACUGAACAUGAUGGCCAGUCUUUGGUUAAAUCUACCAUCUUUAUCCCCCCAUCCUCCGUGAAGAAAGAAGAAGCCCCUCAGAGUGAGAGGACACGACUGGAGGAGUGCCACCAUGGAAGGCUUGCCCCCUGCCCACAGUUUGCUCCAAUAUCUCAGUCUACCUGCUCCCUCCACUCUGCUCACUCUGAAUGGCAUGACAGACCCCUGUGUGAACACAUGAGGACUCUGAGUGCCCACAGUGUCCCCAACAUAUCAGGGGCCUCAUGUAGUGCCUUCUCUCCUUUUGGGUGUCCCUAUUCACACAGACAUGCUGCUCACCCAUACAGGGCAUGCUCUGUGAAUCCUCCUUCUGCCAUAGAGAUUCAGUUGCGGAGAGUGUUGCAUGAUAUUAGAAACUCACUACAGAAUCUUUCACAGUACCCUAUGACGAGAGGACCUGAUCUCGCUGCUGCUCCGUACAGUACUCAGAAGUCGUCUGUUCUACCUCUUUAUGAAAAUACCUUUCAGGAGCUCCAAGUCGUGAGGCGGAGCCUGAAUCUGUUCAGAACGCAGAUGAUGGACUUGGAGCUGGCCAUGCUGCGGCAGCAAACUGUGGUGUACCCUCAUAUGACAGAGGAGGACAGGUAUGAAGUUGAUCAGCUGCAGGGUUUGCGGAACUCUGUCCGAAUGGAACUGCAGGACCUGGAGAUGCAGCUGGAGGAGCGCUUGCUGGGCCUGGAUGAGCAGCUCCGUGCAGUGCGGGUGCCUUCACCUUUCCGCUCCUCCGCGCUCCCGGGGAUGUGUGGCAGCAGGAGUGCUGAUAACUUAUCAUGCCCAUCUCCUCUGAACGUCAUGGAGCCAGUCACAGAACUAAUGCGGGAGCAAUCAUACCUGAAGUCCGAGCUGGGCCUGGGCCUUGGGGACAUGGUGUAUGAAAUUCCUCCUGGAGAGAGUUCGGAGUCCGUUUUCUCUCAAGCCACAUCAGAGUCAUCUUCUGUCUGCUCCAGCCCCUCCCACACCAACAGAAGAUCUAGAGGGCCAUCUGGGAGCAAACCCAGAGCUCGCUUACUGGCGAGAAAGAAGAUAUUCCGAGCCUCUGUAGCCCUGACACCAACUGCCCCCUCUAGAACAGGCUCUGUGCAAACACCUCCAGAUCUGGAGAGUUCUGAGGAAGCUGGAGCAGCUGACGAAGCCUCACAGGUUGUGGGACUCACAUCUCACAUGGAGGAGGAGCCAGAUGAUCUCUCACUGAUGCCAGCUGCUGAGGAAAUGCACCGGAAUGUGGAACAAGAUGAACUGCAGCAAGUCAUCCGAGAGAUUAAAGAGUCUAUUGUUGGGGAAAUUAGGCGAGAAAUUGUAAGUGGACUUUUGGCAGCAGUGUCUUCAAGUAAAGCAUCUAAGCAGGACAGCCAUUGAGUGGGACAUAUUCGGGUUGGGAUGGAUCCCGAUUACUAAUAUAGGUGUCGUCAGUGAUUUAUGCUGGUGGAGGUGUUGUUUGUCCUAUGGAAGAUAUUUUCUACUGAGCUGGGCUACUGUACACAAUGGACAGUGUGCAUUUCUGUAUGCAGUGUACAGGUUAUGGUUCUAUGCAUAAAAAUUUUAAAAAACAUACUUAGAAACUUAGGCACUUUGCUGACUCAUUUCUAAACUAUCAGACUGGCCAUUUGAAAGCCUAGUAUUUAUUUGUAUGUCAAUAUUUUUCCAAUUGAUGUCCUAUGUAGGUUAAUUGUAAAACUUGAAGAAUUCCAGAUAUAACCAACUUAUAAAUAACAUAUUUCUUCAGACUAGCUUCUACAACACUGACCUCUAUGAGGUAUUUACUGUGCAAUAACAGAUUUGCCUUUUGAGAGCUUGAAGCAACCGAUGAUUUUUCCCUCCACUGCUCUUCAUUGGGGUCACUUCCAAGGAGACUAAUGGUUCUGUUGUAAAAAUUGCUCUUAAUUCUUGAGGAGCUACUGAGAAGCAGUAGGGUAGAUCUCAUGAGGUUACCUACAACUACUUCAUGUUCUUACACUGUAAGCCUUAUUGCUUUGCCCCAACAAAUGUAAUUGUAUUAUAGCUAUGAGCCUUAUGGUAGACACUAUGUACUCUCUGCAUUGUAAUUUCAUCAUAGCCAUUUGCCUUGUGGUAAGCUCUAUGAACUCUGCAUUGUCCAGAUGUCUUCCUUUAAGGUGUUUCUUCUGCCUUUUAGGCUACAUAGUAUUGUCAAGAUAAUGGGGCCUGUGACUUGAAUGGAUAGAAUAGAAAUGAAUAAGCUGGUUUUUGGUUUUCCAAAUGAGAUUUAGAUUUGUUUUUCUCAUGCAUAAAUGAUUUUAAUUCAGUUUUAACCAGUGAAAACUCAUGGUUUUUCUGAAAAAAAGAAAAAAAAAGUUUUCCUAUCUGGUAUUAUAUAUGUCAAAUAAAUGUAUAAAGUAACAACCAAAUGUUAUUAGAAAUUAGUCUUUUAGUAUUUGUAAUUUUCAACUCCUAUUAUGUUACUUUGUAUGAAAUUUUUUAGUCGAAAGUGCUUGAAAUAAUUAGCAUCCUUUGAAAGAAUAUCUAAAAAGUUUAUAAAUAUUUGAACUAUCACACAAAGGCUGAUCUCUAAAAAACAAAAACCCCCAUUAAAACAAUAAAGUAUUUAUUUUGCCUAAAA